AUGCAUUCUACCGCCAACAGUCAAGACACCAAUGCUACUUACCACCGCGAUGCUUUAGCAAAGCUCAACAACAAUGAACUCUUCAUCUCAGAUGCAUUCAUUGGCGGGAAGUGGGUUUCGAAAACUAAGAAAUUCGACGUCUUUGAGCCGGCGUCGGGCACGAAGCUUGGGCAGGUGUCCGACUGUGAUGUGGAGGACUUUCGGAACGCCAUUGAAAGUGCCCAUCAAGCACAAGCAAAUUUCUUCGAAGGGACGACUGGUACUUCGAGAGGGGCGCUCUUGCGAAGAUGGUAUGAUCUCAUUCUUGCCAAUCAAGAUGAUCUGGCGACAAUUCUCAGUCUCGAAAACGGGAAAACGAUUGGUGAAGCCAAGGGAGAAGUCGUAUAUGCAGCGAAUUUCAUAUCCUGGUUUGCCGAAGAAGCGACGAGGGCAUAUGGCGUGACGAUUCCCUCAUCUACGCCUCAUACCACACUGCUUACGAUCCGGGAGCCGGUAGGUGUUUGCGGGAUUAUUACCCCAUGGAAUUUCCCAGCUGCGAUGAUCACCCGAAAGGUGGGACCAGCUCUUGCCGCCGGCUGCUCUGUUGUCAUUAAACCCCCGAGCGAAACACCGUACACAUGUCUAGCCUUGACAAAAUUAGCAGUCGAGGCUGGUAUCCCUUCGAAUUUGAUCCAGGUCUGCCCUACCAAGAACCGUCAAGCAGCGACAGAGCUUGCUACGAACUCCUUGGUUCGAAAGAUCAGUUUCACAGGGUCAACCGGCGUUGGCAAAAUGCUGGCGAAACUGGCAUCCGGGACCCUCAAGAAGGUCAGCCUUGAGCUUGGUGGAAACGCUCCAUUCAUCGUCUUUGAUGAUGCCGAUCUGGACCUGGCAGUGGAAGGCGCAAUGUUCUGCAAAUUUCGCUGCUCCGGCCAGACCUGUGUGUGUGCGAACCGACUUUACGUCCAGAAGAGGGUAGCAAAGGAUUUCACUUCAAAGCUGGUAAAAAAGGUCUCUGAUUUGCAAGUCGGUCAAGGACUGGAUCCCUUGACCACACAGGGUCCGUUGGUCAACAAAGCUGCCAUUGAGAAGGUUAGAGAGCACAUCCAUGAUGCAACCUCCAAAGGAGCCAAAGUCGAAGUAGGAGGACAGCCUUUCCAGUCUCCAGGUUUCUUCUUUCAGCCCACAGUACUCUCGGGAGUCACCCAAGACAUGAUCGUGAGCAAGGACGAGACAUUUGGCCCACUUGCCCCCGUUUUUGAGUUCGAAACGGAGGAAGAUGUGUUGCGUCUGGCGAACGACACCGAAUUCGGCCUUGCUGGCUAUUUCUUCUCGCGAGAUAUCAGCAGAGCAAUGCGCGUGGCCCAGAAAUUGCAGGUAGGCAUGGUGGGUGUGAACACUGGCAAGAUUAGUGCCCCCGAGGCUCCAUUUGGAGGCGUCAAGGAGAGUGGAUACGGUCGCGAAGGUAGUCUGUACGGACUGGAAGAGUAUCAAAACAUCAAGAGCAUUACGAUUGGAAAUCAAGAUGCGACGGCACUAUGA